AUGGCUGAGGGAGUCGCUCCUUUUCAUGUUCCUGGCCUAGCCGAGCCUGCUCGUACCUGGUACAAGAUCAUCGGCGAUUUGCAUUCCAAAUCUAUCCCAUUAAUUGUACUUCAUGGGGGGCCUGGAGCCUGUCAUGACUACCUCCUGCCUCUGACGGAUCUAUCAGUACCACUUGUCUUUUACGACCAGAUUGGCAAUGGAAAGUCAACCCAUCUACCUGAAAGAAAUGGUGAUGAGAACUUCUGGUCUGUGGAGCUUUUCAAGAAUGAGCUAAACAACCUUCUCAAACAUCUUGGUCUAGAUUCACGGCCGAUUGAUGUCUAUGGACACUCUUGGGGCGGCAUGCUCGCAGCGGAAUGGGCAGUAACACAGUCGAGUUCCAAUCUUCGACGUCUGAUCAUUUCGAACAGUCUCGCAAGCAUGGAUACCUGGCGUAUUGGUAUCACAUCAUUACGAAAGCAACUCCCCGAAGACGUUCAGGUUGUGCUUGACGAAGCGGAGAAGAGCCAGAGUUUUGAAACUCCUGAAUACGCCGCCGCUAUUGAAGUCUUUUACAAGCGCCACCUAAGCCUUGCGCGACCAUAUCCAGCUCCAGAGGUUGAGGCUGCACUGAACUGGUUUGAAGCAGAUGGCACAACCUAUGGGACAAUGUACGGGCCUAGCGAGCUUUCGAUUACUGGAUCGCUUCGAAAUUGGACAAUAAUACCGGAGCUGCACAAGAUUAAAGUGCCAACAUUAUUGAUAAACGCCGUAAAUGAUGAGGCACAGGAUGUGACAAUGCAGCCUUUCGCUGAUAAUAUCAAGAAUUCGAAAUGGGUCAAACUGGACGGUGCGGCACAUUUUUCACAUGUUGAUCAGCGGGAAGAGUAUAUACGGCAUAUCCGGGAUUUUCUCGAGUGA